AUGGGCCUCAACAGCGUAGAUCCGUGGGAAGAACAGAACCAUGAGUACGAUCAGCUGAUUAGACGUGAAGUCAAGCUCUUAUCCCGGUCAUGCUUCCCUCUUGUCAUCUCCUUUCUUCUCCAGAACUCGCUUUCCAUGGCCUCCAUCUUUUUUGUGGGUAGACUAGGCUCCGCGGAGCUCAGCGCGGUGACACUUGGCUCCAUGGCUGCGAUCAUUACCGGUUUUUCCGCCGUCCAGGGCCUCGCAACGUGUCUCGACACCCUCUGCGCGCAGUCCUUUGGCGCAGGCCGAUAUGCACUCGUGGGGUUGUACUUCCAACGGUGCACCGCGCUUAUUCUUACGUGUUUCAUCCCCGUCGCUCUCUUCUGGUUCUAUGGCGCCGAAUAUGUGCUUCAAUUCUUGGUUCCCGAGCCCCAUCUCGUUGUCCUUUCCUCCUUGUACCUCAGGUGGAUCAUUCUCGGCGUUCCAGGCUUUGUCGUUUUUGAAACCGGAAAGAGGUACCUCCAGGCCCAAGGCAUCUUCAACGCAUCCACCUACAUUCUCUGCUGCGUAGCGCCUAUCAAUGUUGUGCUCAACUACCUCCUCAUUCUCUCACCCACCUACGGCCUCGGUUUCAUUGGCGCACCCAUCGCCGUCUCCAUCACCUACUAUCUUAUGGCGCUGGGUCUCUUGCUCUUUGUGUUCCUCAACCGCAACAAUGCAGAGCUCCAGCCGCUCAAGUGUUGGGGUGGAUUGGACCUUCGCAAUGCUUUCCGUAACUGGCUGGCCCUCUUUGCCUUGGGCCUUCCCGGCGUGAUCAUGGUGGUAUCGGAGUUUCUCGCCUUUGAGGCCUUGACGUUUAUGGCCGCCUAUCUUGGUCCUACCCACUUGGCUGCCCAGUCCAUCAUGGCGUCGCUCUGUCUGAUCAGCUUCCAGGUGCCAUUUGCUGUGGGCAUCGCCACAUCCACCAGGGUCGCCAACCUUGUGGGUGCUGGCUUGCCAAACUCCGCCAAGCACACCACCAAGGUCUCGGUCGUCUUUGGUGCUUGCCUCGCGGUGUUCAACUUUUCCGUCUUGUACUUUGCGCGCUUCCAGAUUCCCAAGGCGUUCACCACGGAGCAGGACGUGGUGGAUAUGGUGGCCGCGACUAUUCCGUACAUUGCCUAUAUGACGUUCUUUGACCAGAUCACUGCGGUGACCUCAGGGAUCUUGCGCGGCCAGGGCCGCCAGGCUUUCGGGUCCAAGUUGAACUUGUUCUGUUAUUAUGUGAUUGGUGUUCCUGUGGCGUAUUACCUUGCGUUCCACGUGGGGUUGGAGAUUAGGGGCUUGUGGGUAGGUGUAGGUGGUUCAUUGGCAUUCAUUGGCUUGGUGCAGUGGUGGUAUGUCACGCACGUUCUGUGGGAUGAUAUUAUCGCGCAAGCGGAGAGAAAUGAGUAA